AACUCAACGUUGAACGAAGGAGACACACCCAUAGUGCUGGCAGCUGGUUCAGCAACUUCCUGCCCUGCUCUCAGUGACCCCCCUCCAGCCAACAGAGCAUGGACCCGCCAAUCAGGGAGAGGCGCUCAUCACCCAAUCAAGCGGCGAAGAAGAAAUGAAACCGACCAAAAACUCCCUCAGUAGCGCUAUAAAGAACAUAAUUUUCCCUGUUAGUUUAUAAAAGGUUGUUUUUAAGAGAUCAACGUCACCGUACAACACAGCGGUUGCGUGUCCAAACCCGACUGUUGAGUGAGAACCAACGGUUGAAGCGCCCGGUGUCUCCGACUCCCUGGUCCGCCGCGCCCAUCUUUCACCGGUCCCCGGUUUUUAGUUCCGGCCUCGGUCGCCGCCAUGCGGGUGAAGGUGAAGCGCUGGAACGCCAUCGCCACUUGGUUUUGGGUGGCGAACGAUGAGAAUUGUGGCAUUUGCCGGACGGCGUUUAAUGGCUGCUGUCCAGACUGUAAGGUUCCAGGAGAUGACUGCCCAUUGGUUUGGGGCCAGUGCUCUCAUUGCUUUCACAUGCACUGUAUCCUGAAAUGGCUGAAUUCUCAGCAGGUACAGCAGCAUUGUCCGAUGUGUCGACAAGAGUGGAAGUUCAAGGAGUGACAAGUUGCUGAAGAAAUUGAAUGAGGAAUCCUACAAGCUUUGGUUCUCAACAAAAAGAGAAAAAUAAUCAUGAACUUAGGCAUGUUACCAGGAGAUUAAGGCAUGCUUAAUACGUAACAUAAUGUAAAUAUUACAAAGUGAUGUAAAGCUAGAAUAACAAAUCUACAUUAUAGUUGGAAAGACAGAUGAGCAACCGGAUGCCUGAUUUACAUGAGAAACCAAUGUGAUAAUCUUGAUUCCCAACUAUAUUCAUGAGCAAUUGAUGAAGUAAAUAUCUUCUUUCAUAUAUGUUACUGUAUUGCUUUGUGUUUUUGAUUCUCAAACUUAUGGAUGUAAUUUUGAAAAUGGACAAUUCCUAUGAGAAAGCUGGGAAACUGUUGGUUGCACCUUUGGCAAAAUAAUGUGCUGAGGGAGAAAUUAUUGCAUUUAUGCAUUCCAAAGUUGGACAAUGAGUUUUUUGGUUACGUGGAGUACUUAAAUACUGCUUUUAAAUGCUGUGCAGAAUUUGACUUGUCAUUUCAGACUACCGUGCCCGACUGGUGCAUUCUGAAAGAACUAUCAAACCCAGUCACUUCAAUUUUUUCUUCCCUUUUCAAAAAGAAAUAACACUUCUUGUUCUGACAGUGCAUUUUAUGGCUUAACGAUUUUCUCUAUAAAUAACAGCUUAAAUGAAACUCUUCUCUGGAACCCCGAGUGAGAGUUAAUAGCCAAUGACUUCCUGCUCAUGAUACAUAAUUCUGCACUCCUGUACUAUUCAGUUGUCACAUGGUGCUCAUGUUCUGUUUGUAAAAAAAAAUGUUUCCACAAGAUCAAGUUCUUGAGUACAUACUUCCACAUGUAAAGAGUUGUAAGUGGAAACUUACCAUUGAUUA